AUGGUUAAACUGACCAUUCCUGCAUCCCCUCAUCCUAUUCCUGAUGAAGAUGUCAUCUCUGACAUCUAUGGUGCCCCCGUAUUCUCUCCUGAUGGCAAGUCUAUCCCGUUUGGCGAUCUAGUCACAAAUGAGGACGGUAUUGUGAAUGUCGUCGUCAUAUUUAGUAAGUAUACUACCAGCGCCAACUCCGGGCUGGGACCAGCCAUUGAUAGUCAAUCAGUUCGUCACUUCUUUUGCACCUGUGAUCAAGAUUACGUUCGUUCUUUAAUGCUGUACCUCACACCUACAGUCCUCACUACAGCCCCGGCCGGGCCAUCUAAACUCAUCAUCAUCGGUUGCGGCGACCCAUCCCUGAUCCCGUCUUAUGCAACUGAAACUUCCUGCGAGUUUCCGAUAUACACAGAUCCUGCAGGCUAUAUAUACGAAAAACUCCAAAUGAAGAGUUCCUUGACUGUAUCUACAACACCAUCUUAUGCGAGGCAGUCAGUACUCGGGCUUGUCAUACGAAGCAUGAAACAGAUGGUCUUGAGCGGAUAUGAUGGCUGGAAAGGCGGAAAGUUUCAACAGAAUGGGGGCGAGUUGAUCUUCAGAGAGAAGAAGUGCGUAUGGAUGCAUAGGAUGGAAUCUAUGGGAGGCCAUUUGCCAGCGGAGGAGUUGGUAAAAGCUCUGCUGGGCGAUAAGGAUCAGCACACGACUUGA